UCAGCCUAUGACAAGUGGAAGGAUGGACACAGGAAAUCAUUCUUUGGUAACUGAGUUUAUCCUUGAGGGGUUAACAGACCAGCCAGGACUCCAGCUCCCCCUCUUCUUCCUGUUUCUAUUGAUCUAUAUGGUCUGCAUGGUGGGAAAUUUGGGCUUGAUCUUUUUAAUCAGAAUUAGUUCUCAGCUUCACACACCCAUGUAUUAUUUUCUCAGUAAUUUGUCCUUCAUAGAUCUCUGCUACUCCACUGUCAUAAUUCCUAAGCUCUUGGUGAACUUUGUUUCAGAGAAGAAUCUCACCUCCUUUCCUGAGUGCAUGACUCAGCUCUUUUUCUUCUGCUUCUUUGGCAUUGAUGACUCCUACAUGCUGACAGCAAUGGCGUAUGAUCGCUAUGUUGCCAUCUGCAACCCCUUGCUCUACAAUGUCACCGUGUCCCACAGAAUCUGUUUUCUACUAGUCACUAGUGUGUAUACAGUGGGCGCCUUUGGAGCUUUGGUCCACACCAGCUACAUAUCCAGUCGAUCCUUCUGUGGAACUAAUGUCAUCCACCAUUACUUCUGUGACAUCCUUCCCCUUCUGAAUAUAUCUUGCUCAAGAGACUACACUAAGGAACUCUUGGUGAUGAUUUUGGUUGGAUUCAAUGUAUUUGCAUGUGCUUUAGCCAUCUUUAUCUCAUAUGCCUUCAUUCUUUCCAGCAUCUUACACAUCCGCUCAGCUGAAGGCAGGUCCAAAGCUUUCAGCACCUGCAGCUCCCACCUUGCAGCUGUUGGGCUCUUCUACGGCUCAAUCAUCUUCAUGUAUUUUAAACCAUCUACCAGUGACAUAACACAGGAGAAGGUGGCUUCUGUGUUUUAUACGACAGUGAUUCCCAUGCUUAACCCCCUUAUCUACAGCCUUAGGAAUAAGGAUGUCAAAGAAUCCCUUAAAAAAGUUCUAAAUGGUGGGUUACUUUCUUGGUCAACAUAGAAAACAGCACUUUUUAAAAGACCCAGCAGCUCUGAACAUAGAUCUUAUCUAAAGUUUUCUUCUUGUUUUUAA